AUUCUCGAAUGUUCUCGAAUAUUGAUGGAUGGAUCCUCGGCGCAGCUUUCUCAUGGAUAGCUUUUCAGUUGCUUCUCAUCCUCCACACCCUUCAGACGUCUUUAAAAAUAUUCCUAUUAAAUACUACACCGAUCGACUUAAUUUUUUACAUUAUGUGGUCUUACAUUAUGUGGUACAAUGAAAUUAAGUUGACAAAUGAUGAUCUACCUUACGAAUAUAUAUAUGACAAUGAUGACCCUUAUGUUCCGACCUUCAAACCGGAUGCACCAAGCAGCACCAGCCUCAACGCCGUUGCUGCUGAAGCUCCAACCAAAACACAAACUUCAAAACAAAUCCCUCCCGUUCCACACUCGUCGUAUCGGAAAGAUGGUAAACGUAUCUAUAAGUUUUCAUGUACGCAUAGCGACAGAGAAAAGAUGGAGCUGUGGAAGGAAGCCUAUGAUAUAUACAACUCAAAUCAAAAACAUACUGUGAUUGUCGAGAAAGCGAGAGAAAAUGAUACUGUGAUUACAGUAAUACAUCCUUGUCUGCACAGGAUCAAAGGUCCUGUUGAUCCCGAAAUGGCUACCAAGUGUCCUUAUUGUAAAAAGCUUAUUCGCACAACCAAAGUGCUUCCUAAUUUAUAAAUAGCAUACAACUUGUGACAAAGGAUGUAAAAUAUUCAAUAAACCUGGAAUAUCCUGACAGGAA